CAUCAAGCAUGGUCUUCCCYUCUACAUACUUCCCACGCCAACAAAAGAAUGGCUGCACUCUGCAAGUUCGCUGCAUGGCUGAGGAAAGCCAGAAAGAGCAGAAGUCAUCGCCGGUGAGUGCUCCCCCGUCACCACCCCAGCCCACCUCCCCUUCUGCUUCACCAAAGGUCAGCACCAAAUUUACAGACGUGCUGGCGUUCAGUGGGCCCGCACCCGAGAGGAUCAACGGCAGGCUUGCGAUGAUCGGGUUUGUAGCUGCGAUGGCAGUGGAGCUGGCCAAAGGUGACGACGUGGCGGCACAAUUGGCGAACGGAGGGCUUACAUGGUUCUUGGGGACCACGGCCGUGUUGUCUCUUGCGUCGUUGAUCCCGUUGUUCAAGGGAGUCGACGUGCAGUCGAAAUCGAAGGGUUUGAUGACGUCCGACGCAGAGCUCUGGAACGGGAGGUUCGCCAUGUUGGGCCUGGUGGCACUGGUCUUCACCGAAUAUGUGAAGGGUGGGGCCCUUAUUUAGAUCUUGAGUUUUGGGCUUUUUCUUUUUUUUCUUUUUUUUUGGGCUUUGGCUUUGGCCUGCCGCUGAUUUAUUGAUGAGGCUGGCUUGCUGCUUGAUGCUUUGUAGAAAAAAGAAACCAUAGAAGAAGUGUAUGAAUGAUUGUGAGAUUACAUAACAGAAGAAGCUUUAGAUGUGGCAUUUGUAUUCAAUUUCAUUAUGCAGUUAAUUAAAGUUACAAUGAAUGAAAUUACCAUUACCAAUUUCA